AUGAUGUCAAGCCACUGCCAGGGCCUUCGGCUUGCCCCGACCACGCCAAACCGACGCGUCCACUCACAUAAUCUCGGCAUCCAAUCUUUCACCACCAAUAGUCAGUCAGCCCAAUGCAAUAUCAACCGCUCUCCACCCACCCAGUCGCACCAAAGCAGAUGCAUCUCCCGCGCCACCUUCUUUCAUUGGCUGCAAGUCCCGUCUCUCACAUUGUCUCUCAGCCAUGUUCAACCUUCAUCGCGAUCUGCAGCUUCAAUCCCUGCCCUGUCUAAUGGAUUUGUGCGACAUGCGGUACGGCAUUCUUGGCCUUUACUAGUACUUGUAGUAAUUGCCUGCAUGGCACAAGGACCUGGUGUCUGA